GAGCCAAAUUCAUGAUUUCAUGUGUUAUAAUAAUUUAGUUUAAAAAGAUUUAAAAAGGUAUCUGAAGAUAAAUAAUUUCAUUAGGAUUUGAAAGAAUGUUUAGGUUGAACUAUAUAAUUUAGUAUUGCAUUUAAAAGCUGAAUAACUUGUAAGAAUGUAAGCUUCCAAUCAGAUGACGUUACGUCAGUGUUAUACCUGCGUAUGGAACUUUUAGUUUAGAUUUGAGCUCAGAGAUGUUGGAAGCGACAUAGUUUUUUGACCGUGUGAACUUGUAACUCUAAGUUUUCUAGUAAACAUUUUUUAAUGGAAGAUUUACUUGUCUCACUCGCGUGUCAAUUAAUAGUUUCUAAGACUGAACUCAAAAUUGUGGUACAGAAGACUCAGAACAGACGGAGUGCCACUACAUUUAGUCAAAAAACUAGCUUAGCCGAGCUUAACUGGAUUGCCUUAACAAGGAGAAGAACGUGGCUAGGACGUGAAAAGGAUUGGAAGCUAACGUUGGAACUGGUAAUCCAUUGAAGUACUCUACGAGAACAGGUAUCGAAAACUCCUUUUUAUCUUUCAGUAUUAAGAAGAUACGAAGAUAUACGGAUGAAUGAAGAUAAUUAGUGAGAUUGGAUGAAAACGAAAGUUAAACUGUAACUGCUCCAUGCUGGAAAUAGCAACGUGAUUCACCCCUAGCAAGAGCCUACGCUGUUAGCAAGCCUAUAUUCAGUCAAUGCAGAGUUUUUAGCGAUUUUUGAGAAGCUGUUUUGCACUCGUUUAUUAAGAGAAGUUCCGUGUAAGAAAAUAGCUUUUGAACUGUGGCAUACAGCUUGAGCAUUAACUCGGCAACGUGUACGAUGGCUGAUGGGGAAGAACAGAGAGGUGUGGAGGAUAUGAUGGCGCAGGGAAGAUCACGUAAGCUAACUGAGAAGGCAUUAGAAGAUAAGUUGCAGAAAUACAUUGCAUUGAGGAGACGAAAAUUAGGAACUCUGACAAGCACAAUAAGGGAGUUUGAGAUAUUAAUGCGUGAUGCUGGAAACGUCCAAAAUGUGCAAGAUGCAAUGGAAAAAGAUUUUGCAGAGUUAGUAGGAGAGUUCAGAAGUCUCAACAGUGAAGUUGCAAAUCUUUUAAGUGAGGAUGAACGAACGUGUGACCAAGAUAAUUGGUUUGAAGUUAAAAUGGCACCAAUCAGAGAAUUUAUGAAAGAAACUAAAAGAUGGAUAGCAGCUGUGCAUGAAUCAACAUCAGUGCUGCCAAUGGAAAAUGUACAGCAAAAAGAAUUUGAUAUGGUGGAUAGCCUGCAAGAAGCUGUUAGACCAAAUGACAGUAUUUCCCAGGCAGGAGAUAAAAAUGCAGAGCGUGGUAGCCUAUGUGGAACACAAGUAAGUCAUGCAACAUCCACAUCACGUGUUUCGUCAACACGGGUUAGACAGGAAGCACAACAUGCAGCCCUGCUAGAGCGUGCUGCAGGACUGAAGAGAAAGCAAGAGCUUGAAUUUGAAUCCGCUAGAAUCCAAGCUGAAAAAGAGUUUGAAACUGCUAGAAUUCAAGCUGAAAAAGAGGAAUUAGAGAUGAAAACGGCAUUAGCUGAAAGCCAAGCAAAAUUAAAGGUGCUUAAAGAAUAUGAAAGAUCUGAAGAUAGUUACAGUUACCAUACGCCAGUGCAAAAGUUACAUUUUGGGAAUGUGAAGAAGGAAAGGGUUAGCAUAAGGAUACCGCAACAAGCUAACGCAAACGUUCGCAUUCAACCAUCAAUGCUGCACUCUCAACCACCACCAUCUCAGUCAGCCACAAGUCAUCGGUCUAACACUCAAGGGGACAGAGGUGAUGACAUACUAAAGGUCAUGCAAAGGCAGAAUGUAAUCACAGAGCUACUUGUAAAACAACAGCAGCUGUCUCAGCUACCAACAAAGGACAUUCCUGUGUUCAAGGGCGAUGCGCUACAGUUCAAAUCUUUCAUCAGAGCGUUCGAACAUGCGAUAGACCAGAAGACUGACAAUGAACAGGAUAAAUUGUACUUCUUGGAACAGUAUACAGCCGGUGAACCCCAAGAGCUUGUCCGCAGCUGCACUCAUAUGACACAAAGCAAAGGCUAUCUUGAAGCAAAGCGGCUACUUAAUAAGCACUACGGGGACGAACUACGGAUUGCCAGCGCGUACAUAGAUAAAGCACUAACAUGGCCACAAGUGAAGUCUGAGGAUGGAAAGGCGUUGAGUGCUUAUGCAAUGUUCCUAAUUGGAUGUCUCAACACCAUGAUGGACAUUGAAUACUUAGACGAGAUGGACAACCCUACCAAUCUACGGACAAUGGUGUCAAAACUGCCGUACAAAAUGAGAGAACGUUGGCGGGCUGGAGCUUUUGAUAUCAAAGAGCGAAGUGGCAGAAGAGCGAAGUUUGCUGACUUGGUGAAAUACAUUGACCGUCAAGCUAAAAUAGCAUCAGAUCCCCUCUUUGGUAAUAUACCAGACAGCCACCCAUCUACAAGUGGAAAAACAGAACAGAAAGGGAGGUAUCCCCCAAAGAAAGAAAUACGUGGAAGCAGCUUCGCCACCAAUGUUUCAGCAGAAAGCAAAGGGCCUCAAGAAAUGCAUGCUAAGCCAGCGAUCUCAAGCAAAACCACAAGUGCCUUUGAUAAGCCGUGUCUGUACUGCCAGCAGCCUCACACUCUUGCUGCAUGCAGUAAAAUCAAAGCUCAACCACACAAAGAACGAGUGGACUUCUUGAAGUCAAAGGGAUUGUGUUUCGGAUGCUUAAUGCCUGGCCAUCUCAGCAAAUUCUGCAAAAGAAGAAUUGAAUGUAAAGAAUGUAAGUUGAAGCAUCCGGACAUUCUGCACAUAAUCAAAGAAGGAUCUGCUGUGCCUGAAAAGAAAGAAGAUGCUCAUGGAAGCCAAGUAUCAUGUGCUCAGGUUUCUGUCCAACAGGAGUCUUGUAGCCUCACAGGGGCCGGAGAAGCUGAAUGUGUGCUGUCAAUAGUACCGGUGAAAAGCUCAUGAACAGUUUAGCUAUCUCAGACCUUGAGGUGUGUGGAUGGGAAGACACCAGCUUCAUUGACCUGCCGAAGGUGUUCACACACAGAAACAUACCUGUGCACACUGGAAACAUACCUAAGCAGUCAGACAUCCAGAAGUGGCCUUACCUCAGAGAAGUGAGCUUGCCAGAGAUAAAAGCUGACAUAGGCCUACUUAUUGGAGCCAACUGCUCGAGAGCAAUGGAGCCAUGGCACAUUAUCAACAGUCAAGAUGGAGGGCCGUAUGCUGUCAAGACCGCCAUUGGCUGGGUGGUGAACGGACCCGUAAGAAAAGAACUAAAAGACGAAGAGAGUGAGUCACCUCAUCUUUCAGUGAAUAGGAUCUCCGUGAUGGAAAUUGAGAAACUUCUGGUUGAACAGUACAACACUGAUUUUCCAGAGCGAAAGUACGAUGACAAAGAAGAGAUGUCCCAGGAAGACAAACAGUUUUUGCAGUCUGUGCAGAAGACAACAACAUUCGAGAGUGGGCAUUACUGUGUUGGAUUGCCACUCAGGAACGAGAAGGUCAAAAUGCCCAACAAUCGGUGCGUUGCUGAACAGCGCAUAACCUGUCUGAGAAGAAAGCUACAGAAGAAUCCUGAGUUCUUUGAGGACUACAAGAGCUUCAUGCACACGAUCAUUGAAAAGGGCUAUGCCAUUCAAGUUCCACCACACCAGCUGAACCGUGACGACAACAGGGUGUUCUACAUACCACACCACGGUGUUUAUCACCCGAAGAAGAAAAAGCUCAGGGUGGUUUUUGACUGCACCGCCUCCUUCCAGGAUCGAUCUUUGAACAGUGAGUUGCUUCAAGGGCCCGACAUGACCAACACAUUGGUUGGUGUCCUCUUAAGAUUUCGUGAGGAACCUGUGGCGUUAAUGGCAGACAUUGAGUCGAUGUUUUAUCAGGUUAAAGUGCCAGAACAUGACGCAGACCUUCUACGUUUUCUUUGGUGGCCAAACGGCAAGUUGACUGAACCUGUGGAAGAAUUCCGGAUGGCAGUGCACCUCUUCGGAGCCACCUCUUCGCCGAGUGUUGCCUCAUAUGCGCUAAGAAGAACUGCUGAAGAUCACAGAGACGUUGCAUCCCCAGAAGCCGUUCAGACAGUCCUCCGUAACUUCUAUGUGGAUGACUGCUUGAAGAGCCUAGCAACAGAAGAUGAUGCAGUGACCUUAGCAAAAGAUCUGCGGACUUUGUGUGCCAGUGGAGGCUUUACUUUGGCGAAGUGGAUGAGUAAUAGCAGGAAGGUGUUGCUAUCAAUCCCAGAGGCUCACAGAGCUAGUGAAGUGAAAGACCUGGAUCUGAGACAUGACGCUUUGCCAGUUGAAAGGACCCUCGGUGUCCAGUGGGACACGGAAUCCGAUCAUUUCACUUACCGAAUGAAGCUGCAAGACAAACCGAUGACCAGAAGAGGCAUCUUAUCAGUUGUCAAUUCCAUCUACGACCCCCUCGGCUUUCUGGCCCCGGUCAUCUUGCCAGCUAAACUACUGUUGAAAGAACUCUGUAAAGAACAACAUGGGUGGGAUGAAUACGUCGGUGAGAAGCAUGCUGAACAUUGGAGAAAGUGGAUUGAAGAUGUUACUCACCUCUCCAACUUUCGCGUGAACAGGUGUUUGAAGCCUUUGGAUUUAGGAUGCACUGCAGCAGCGCAGUUGCACCAUUUUUCAGAUGCCUCAGAGUACGCAUAUGGCACUGUGUCUUAUCUGUUAUUGGAGAAUAAAGAAGGCAAGAAAUAUUGUGCGUUCCUUAUGGGAAAAUCAAGAGUAGCCCCACUCAAGUUGAUCACUAUCCCAAGACUUGAGCUGACCGCAGCGGUUGUGGCAGUGAAGGUAGACAAGAUGCUACAGCAAGAACUUAAGAUCCCACUGCAACAAUCCAUCUUCUGGACAGAUAGCACUACAGUGCUCAGAUACAUCGACAGCGAAACAGCCCGUUUCAAGACAUUCGUCGCUAACAGAAUUGUACUCAUCAGAGAAGCAACCAAGCCGUCACAAUGGAAGCAUGUUAGGACGACAGAGAAUCCUGCAGAUCAAGCCAGCAGAGGCCUGAAGGCAAAGAACUUGGUCCAAGCGGGAACCUGGAUCAACGGGCCAAACUUUUUGUUGAACAGUGAAAGUGACUGGCCAGAGCAGCCAGACAGAAAAGAAGAAAGCCUUCCAAACGAUCCGGAAGUCAAGAACAAAGUCACUGUCAACGCAAUCAAGGAGCGCCAGAAAUGGCUGAAGCCUAGAAGAAACUUCAUGACCGGAGAUGUCGUGCUACUAGUGGACAGUUCCUCUCCACGCAACUCCUGGCUCAUGGGGAAGGUUGUGGAAACAUUGCCAGACUCCAAUGGAACAGUGAGAAGAGUAAAGCUAAAGACUAAAAACAGCACGCUGGAAAGGCCUGUAAACAAGCUGUGCCUAUUGGAAGAGGCAAUAUCAGAAGACUGA